AUGCAGUUCUCUACUAUCACCCAGCUGAUCCUUCUCGCCACCGCCCCUCUGGCUAUGGCCAGCGUUGCUGCUGAGCGCACUAGCAGCAACAGCGUCUUCGACGUCCGUAUGGAGUGCAUCAAGAGCAACUGUGGUGGUGUUGGAGCCGCUUGCGCCGGUGCUUGGUGCUGCGUCCGCUACAACAAGGAUGGCUGCAAGUGCAUUGCGCCGGGUGACAUCUCCGAGAACGGAGAUAAGUGCCCCGCUGCGUAA